CUGCAGACUGUUAACUAGUCCAGUGCUGGUUUCUACCGGGGUUCUAAAGUGUCCACCUGUUCUCAGGUGGGUGUGGGGUUCCCUUAGGGGUGGAAUGCCAGGGGCACAGAUGGCGCAGGCCAAAUCUCUGGGCCUGACAUAGGAUUGGGCCUCUUUCCUGCCAUAAUCCUGGCAUCACCCCCAGCUUCCUCAGCCGACUCCUGAUUCUUCCUCUCUUCCCAUGCAGUCUCCCUUCCAGAACCCAGGAGCCCAGCCCCAUUUGGAUCCCGUCCCACUCUGCUUCAGUCUUGUCCCCGUGUACCCGCAGGAAUUACCCCUUUGGCAGCCCGCUUUAAGCGGUGCUGGGACUACAUCUCCCAACUACCUGGGCGGGAAAUUUCUGACGCAGCCCCCCUUCCCCGCCCCCCAAACCCGCGGGGAGGUGCGGGCCGGCGGGGGGAGGUGACUUGAUGUCAUCGUGAGCAGCUGGGCGGCGGGUGCCGGUGCGCACAGAGCCGGGGCUCCCGCGGCGCCGCGCGGGUCAGGUCCCACGACUUGAGGAGAGGUCUAAGCGCUGCCCGAGCCAGCCCAGAGCCCGCCGGGCGCUCGCGCCCCGACCCCGGGCUGAGUCGGGGGUAUGCUCCGGGCCCCCCGGAGCCGGAGAGAGAACCCAGGAGCGCCGCCGCCCAGUGCUGCUGCCCCGAACAGAACCGCAGCUAAGGAGCCCUGAGCAGCCUCCUCCCUCCCCACCGGCAGCCUCUGGGGGUCAGCAACCAAAGUCUGGGCUUCUUAGAACUCUGACUUCUUUUUCCAAAGAGCCAGGGAGGGAAUCUUCGGAAGCCCAGGAAGGACCUGAGAUCUGAGCCAUCAUCCUCUCUACCGUGCUUGCCCCCCAGGACUGGGCUGUUGCCGAAAGCCCUGGGGGGGGGGUCCCAGGACUGUGGUUGUCCCCCUCCGCAACUGCGCAGGAUGGGCCCAAGUUAGUCAGCCCAGCCUCACUCAGCAUCCUCCAGGCCCAUCGGGAACCGCAGGGGCUCUGAAGGCUUGACCUGCUGCCUGGCUGCCAUGGAGACGAAGCUGCCCCCUGCAAGCACCCCCACCAGCCCCUCUUCACCGGGGCUGUCCCCUGUGCCUCCACCCGACAAGGUGGACGGUUUCUCCCGUCGUUCCCUCCGCAGGGCCCGGCCCCGGCGGUCCCAUAGCUCCUCUCAGUUCCGCUAUCAGAGCAACCAGCAAGAACUCACUCCACUGCCCCUGCUCAAAGAUGUUCCAGCCUCUGAGCUGCAUGAGCUGCUGAGCCGGAAGCUGGCCCAGUGUGGGGUGAUGUUUGACUUCUUGGACUGUGUGGCCGACCUCAAGGGGAAGGAGGUGAAGCGGGCGGCACUCAAUGAACUGGUGGAGUGUGUGGGGAGCACUCGGGGGGUUCUCAUUGAGCCUGUCUACCCAGACAUCAUUCGCAUGAUCUCAGUGAAUAUCUUCCGGACCCUGCCACCCAGUGAGAACCCUGAAUUUGACCCUGAAGAGGAUGAGCCCAAUCUUGAGCCUUCAUGGCCACAUCUUCAGCUGGUCUAUGAGUUUUUCCUGCGUUUCUUGGAGAGCCCAGACUUCCAGCCCUCCGUGGCCAAGAGAUAUGUGGAUCAAAAGUUUGUCCUGAUGCUCCUGGAGCUAUUUGAUAGCGAGGACCCCCGAGAGCGUGAGUACCUCAAGACCAUCUUGCACCGGGUCUAUGGCAAGUUCCUGGGGCUCCGGGCCUACAUCCGCAAACAGUGCAGCCACAUCUUCCUCCGGUUCAUCUAUGAAUUCGAGCACUUCAAUGGCGUGGCUGAGCUGCUGGAGAUCUUAGGAAGCAUCAUCAAUGGCUUUGCACUGCCCCUGAAGACUGAGCACAAGCAGUUCCUGGUUCGGGUCCUGAUUCCCCUGCACUCUGUCAAAUCCCUGUCUGUCUUUCAUGCCCAGCUGGCAUACUGUGUGGUGCAGUUCCUGGAGAAGGACGCCACCUUAACAGAGCAUGUGAUCCGGGGGCUGCUCAAAUACUGGCCAAAAACCUGCACCCAGAAGGAGGUGAUGUUUCUGGGUGAGAUGGAAGAGAUUCUGGAUGUCAUUGAGCCCUCCCAGUUUGUGAAGAUCCAGGAGCCCCUCUUCAAGCAGGUGGCUCGCUGUGUGUCCAGCCCCCAUUUCCAGGUUGCAGAGCGGGCUCUGUAUUUCUGGAACAAUGAGUAUAUCCUGAGCCUCAUUGAGGACAACUGCCACACUGUGCUGCCUGCUGUGUUUGGGACCCUCUACCAAGUCUCCAAGGAGCACUGGAAUCAAACCAUUGUAUCGCUGAUCUACAAUGUGCUCAAGACCUUCAUGGAGAUGAAUGGGAAGCUGUUUGAUGAGCUCACAGCCUCCUACAAGCUGGAAAAGCAGCAGGAGCAGCAAAAGGCUCGGGAACGUCAGGAGCUGUGGCAAGGCCUGGAGGAGCUACGGCUACGCCGGUUACAGGGGACCCAAGGGGCCAAAGAGGCCCCACUCCAGCGGCUUACACCCCAGCUGGCCACCAGUGGAGGUCAGAGCUAGAGAAUCCCCAGAAGGGGAAGAGCUAAACCCAGAGCUGUCAGUCCCUCCAUCCUCCCUUCUACCCAGAGGCCCAGAGAGAGACACACAAACUUCUGGCCUUGCCAGAGUGGGCUCGGAGGGCUCCCUACCUGGCCCAGUGUGAGCAGUUUCCACUGGGAGGGAGAGGAGGAGAGGAGGAGAGAUGGUGGUCCUGGCAACAGAACUCUCAGGCCCUCCUGGCAGGGCAUGACCAGGGCAAGCUUGACCAGGAAGCUGCCAUUGGGGAUCUGCCUCUGCCCCGCAAAGCUGGGCUGCAGACUGCAGGCAGGUUCCCAUCCCCUGCUCCCAGCCUAGGGCAAGGGGACCCAGCCCCUUGGCUGCCCCACCUUGUGCCAGCACAAGGUCUUUCCUCACCCCACCAUGGGAUCCAUGGUCUAUUUAUUCUCCCCCAGCUCAUCUGCAACACAGACAUUAUCCAGGGCCUGGGGCACCCUCCUUCCUCCCCUCCCUCACCCUAUACAUCCUUGUCCCCUUUUUAUUUAUUGGGCAGGGGGAGGGGUGAGGGCACAAGCAGAAGAUUCCCCAUGCCCUGGGGCAAGGGAUGGUGGUCACAGUAACCAUGGUCUGUUCCCCUUUCCCUGGCUGGGGGUAGAUUUAAUAAAGAGAGAAACUCAA